AUGCCAUCCUCGUCAACAUCACCACCUACCAUGGCUUCGACGGCCGUAGUGCCGUGGCCGUACGUCUUCUUCUUCAAGUACCUCGACCCGCUCACGGCGCUCUAUGGUGCAUACCUCAAUUUCGCGGACCCCACGGCAGCGGUGCAGGCGUUAGCACCAUCAUCCGUCUACGACCCGGACCAGGUAUUCCUUUUCCACCAAGCAGGGGGGCUCGCCAUCGCCAUCGCCGUCCUUACAGCCCUCGUACCGCGCCUCUCGUCCGACCUUGUCGUCUGGCGUAUCCUGCAGGGUGCUCUACUGCUCUCUGACUUCGCCGGUCUCAGCGGCAUCUACUUUGCCCUCGCUCGUCAAGAUCGACUUGCCCCCGCCCGCUGGACCGCCGACGACUUCGGCUGCGGGAGCACGUACCUCGUCCUGACCGUCAUCAGGCUUCUCUUCGUCCUCGGCGUCGGCUUCGCUGCCACUGUUGCUCCUGCUCGUGGGUCACCAGGGAGAAAGAAUGUCUGA